AUGAACUGCAUCAGCUCCCGGUGCCUGCCCGGCUGCGAGGUGGCAUGCCCUGAGCCCUGUGCCUACAGCAGAGGCCUUGGCCCCUGCGUGGCCUCGUGUGGGGACUCCACGGCCCUCGUCUACGCCCCACCCGUGUGGAUCACCUUCCCUGGCCCCAUCCUGAGCUCCUGCCCCCAAGAAAGCAUCGUGGCAUCAUCCAUGCCCCAGCCCUCCGGUGGUUCCUCGUAUGGCUCAGGGAUGGGAGGCUACUCUGGUGGCCUGUCCAGAAUUGGGGGUUCCUAUGGAUCUGGGGGCUCCUAUGGAUCUGGGGGUUCCUAUGGAUCUGGGGGCUCCUAUAGCUCUGGGGGCUCCUAUGGAUCUGGGGGCUCCUAUGGAUCUGGGAGCUCUUCUGGGGGUGUGUCAGGGAGGUUGGGCUCCUCUGGAUGUGGGGGCUCCUCCUCGGGGGGCUGCUACCUCAGGAAGUUCUACACCAGCAGCAGCCGUGGAUCCCGCCUGGGAAACUGA